AUGCUAACCCCCUGGCAAGUAAACAAGACGAGUGGUAAACAAGCAAUCGGCGACAACAACUCAGAGACGAUCGACACGCCCCAUGGGGUCGCAAAUCUGGACUUUGAGGCUCGCGUCCCCGUUCCCUUUAGCAUAUUCCCAUCGACAUAUCGGGAAUCCGAAUCCCAUACCCAGACCGUUACCGAAACAAAAACCCACGAAGAGGUUGAGAUCAAACCCCAACAGCCCCAAGCCGGACGGGAAGGUCAAUACUCUUCUGUCUCUGUCACCGCCGAACAGGUUCCUCCUCGCGGAGAGCAACGCUUUAGCGAAGAAGAGGUCCGUAUUACGCGUGAAGAAGAACGUUACCGCCGUCCCGGUGUCCAAAAAUUCGAGCACGAAGAAGAGCACUUUACUAUCCGUGAAGACUCGCGACGACCUGAACCUCCCUCUCAAUACCAACCCUCUCAGUACCAACCACCCUCCCAAUACCAAACUUCUCACACUCACGUAGAGGUCGACACCCACCGUCAUCCCUACUACUCCACCCCCAUCGAUCUCGCUGAACGUGAAUACCGCCAGCGUUACCGCCCUGCCCAAGCCUUUUCCACUGAAGACCCUACUUCCCACUCUCACUCCCACUCCCACUCUCACCACCAAACUCAAGACAACUUCCAAGCCAACAACUACACCGUUGAAGGCCGACCGACUCCCCAAUUCUAUUCCUCCGAGAAGACUGAAAUCAACAACUUCACCGUUGACGGACGCUCCUCGCGCCCUCAGUACAACCAGACCGAGAAGACCGAGUUUAACAACUUCACUGUUGACGGCCGUUCUUCCCGACCUCAAUACACUUCUGAGAAGACUGAAAUCAACAACUUCACUGUUGACGGCCGCUCUUCCCAGCCCCAGUACCGCGAUACCAAGACAACUCAGGUCAACAACUUCACCGUUGACACACCUGUUGCUCGUCCAUCUAACAAGAAGGACGUGAGAUUCACUGAAGAAAUCGUCGAAACUACAAAGGUCGACAACAACAAGUCCAAGAUGGGUUACUACGACGACGACGCAGGUCAAUACAACUCUUUCCGCGCCGGUGCUCACAAGCUCGGUGAUCGCAUCGCCCAUGGAGGUCGUCGCGAUAUUGAGAUUGACAUUCACGAGGGUCCCCGUCCCUCUGCUGACUGCCUUCUCAACACCGUCAGCAUCCCCUGCCACCACAUCCGCCUGGGUGACUUCUUGAUGCUUCAGGGCCGCCCCUGCCAGGUCAUCCGCAUCUCUACCUCCUCUGCCACCGGUCAGUACCGCUACCUUGGUGUCGAUCUCUUCACCAAGCAGCUUCACGAGGAGUCCUCUUUCAUCUCCAACCCUGCCCCCAGCGUUGUCGUUCAGUCCAUGCUCGGCCCUGUCUUCAAGCAGUACCGUGUCCUCGACAUGCAGGAGGGUUCGAUCGUUGCCAUGACCGAGACUGGUGACGUCAAGCAGGGUCUCCCUGUCAUUGACCAGUCCAACCUCUACUCCCGCCUCAGCAGCGCUUUCGAGUCUGGCCGUGGUUCCGUCCGUGUCCUCGUCCUCAACGACGGUGCUCGUGAGCUCGCCGUUGACAUGAAGGUCAUCCACGGCUCUCGCCUGUAAGCGUGUUUACUGUUUUCUGAAGACGGGCAGCCGCUUGUAACGCGACUAUUUCCCAACACCAUAAUGAGUUGAUGAACAGCACUACUGGGUCUACCUCGCUUUUGAGGAGUAAGUCCAGGCUGUCCUGAGAGUCACCUGUACAAUGUCAAGUUUCCUGGGGAUCUGUUGUAUGUAUCAAGAUGGUUCAAGUUUGUUUGUGUCGAGAUUGGAUAAAUCAUGUUGGCUAGCUGGAAUAUUGGAGUCUUUUGCGUAGAUGGGAAAGUUCUGUACAUGGACUGUAGUAAUUGUCAAUUGAUUCCGCAUCUACAUAAAGCUAAGCGUCCGCGUCCCCGUGCCACUUUCUGUCUGACUUGCACUAUUAAGGCUUAGGAGUUAUACCUGAGCUCUCAGGGUUCUCCACUAACCACAAACGGAAAUAUGCUGCCUCUCCGCCGUAUGAUACGCGGCUCAGAGGAGCCGACACUUCCAAAUCUAUUGCUACCCUACAUUUCAACU